AUGGGCCGUUCUUCAGCAUCACUCAACGCGCGUUUCGGCCAUCGAGGGAUGUCCGCCGGUCUCCACCUGCACCAUUCGGGAAACCGAGCAUGUCCAUCAUCUAGUCUACAGUGGGUUCUUUCCACCGAAGGUGUCGGUUUAGCCGUUCACCUUAUUCAGUCCCUCGCUGGUAUUGAGGGUCUAAUUGUGGAUGUCUCUCAGGUAUUUUCAGGACCCAAACAAGUCCAACUUACUGAGCGAGGCUAUAUAUACAGCAAUGGAUUCCGUAUGCUCCGAUAUAAGGUUCUAAUUCCCCCUGGCUGGUUCGCAAGGAUGUUUGUUAGUUCACAGCCGGUCAUUCCAAGCGGAUAUAUCCAGAAGUGGCGCUGA